CGAAACCCCAGACCCCGAAGAAGCCGGAAGUGCCGCCGAAGCCGGAUGUGCACAGCAAGAGCGCGGCCAAGAUGAAGACCCCCAUCAAGCAGCCGGGCGGCAAGGCCUCGACGGUCGCCGGCGGCAGCGGAGCUAAGUAGAACCGAGGCAUUUAAGAAAAACAUGGACAUUAUAUCGACCAUCGCGGACGUGCUGCUGUCCUAUCCGCGCUCCAAGCGGACCCGUUCCACCGCUGGCGACUCCUCCAGCAGCAGCACCAGCCCCAGUAGUAGUAGCGCCCCCAAUUCCCAAUCCACCGCCCUUCAAUCAUCCAACGCUUCGCCAUCUUCACUGUUUUCGGCCCUCUUCCCAUCAUCAUCAUCGGCCACGGCGACACUUGCCGAGCCGACCGCUUACCCUUUCGCUGACGGAACGUCGGACCACGAAGAGUUGAACGGCGCCAAGCAGAGACCGAAACUAGGCCUCGAGCGCAUAUUGCGUAUCCUGCAGUCGAGCCAGCGUAGCCCAGAGUCCGUCGAGAACGGUCACUCCACAUCCUGCACGGAUGGUCGGGCCCCAUUGGCCGAGACCAACGGAGCCACAUCCUCCCACAAUGCCGAGCAGGAUACCGAGCAGGAUCUCGAGGGAAAUCCCUUGGGGUCGUUCUUCACCAAAGACGCACUCCGCAUGCUCCUGCCCACGUUGCAGGAGGUGAACGUGAAGUUCAACGUCGAGAAGCAGUUGGCCGCACUCAAUGCGACCGCGGCGAUGGCGAAGAUACUGCCGAAGACGCUACCACCCGGUACCGACACGACCGAGGAGGACGAGGAAGACCUGCUCGACGAGGAAGAGGAGGACACGAUCGAGUACAAGUUUAUGCCCCGUCCGGUUUUCAUCGCUACCAUCUGUCAGGUUUGCAAGAAUCCGCUCAAGACGUUCUUCCACUGCGAGCGGUGCAUGAUGGUGCCGUACUGUGGCGAGGAACACCGCCAAACAGACCAGUCAGGGCAUCGAGAUCUGUGCGCGAUUCUCUGCGAAAUCGCCGCCCAAAGAGGAGGUCACAUCUAUCAGCCGGCCGUGGGACUUAACGCCCUGGAGUACCGCACCCUGCGCGUGCACACGCUCAACCAAGUGGAGCUGAUGGCCCGACGACCGCUCCAGGCGUUCGAGCGCGAGAUUGUGCUGUUUCCACGCAUCUGCCUCGCGCCGGAUUGCCGCGAAUGGCGGCAGGAGCGUCUGACGGAGUGUCGCGACUGCCGGCAGGUGUCGUACUGUGCGGCACAUCCGGUGCACCUACCGAGCUCGCACGACCGCUGGUGUAAGGCGUACCUCCUCUUCCAGAAGCUCAUCCUACGGCAGCGGAUUCUCGGACGCAUCGAACCCCCCAUGCCGGCCCGUAUCCUGACUAAAGCAUCACCCCUACCGCUGAACAUUGACGAAACCAUCAAACAGCUGUACAAGAACUCAGCCGCUCUGCGCGACGAGUGUGUCUACGCGGUGCUGUCCCAGAUAGCGACGGCACCGCUGACGGCCCUCCACGCCAUCCAGCGUGCCGGCCGCCCACUGGGGACCACAUUCACGAUCCAUCUCGUCGGAGCCGAGCUGCAGUUCGAAGGUGACACUCUGGACAAGUGGGAAGCGUUCUUCCUUCACCUCGUACCGGAGGUCGCCGUGCUGCGGGUGGUGUUUAUCGGUCCCGAGCUGAACGUGGAGAAUCUGCCCAUCGACGUCAUCAGCCGCAUCAGAAUGUGUCGCACCUGUCGGCUGAAGUGUCGCGUGGUAGCGUUCGAUUUCCAGAGUCGCAUGAUGUACCACGAGUACCGCAGCUCGCCGCAGCGCUACCGGGCCCCGGAUCUGAUCUGUUUCUUCAAUCCCGGCCUGCACCGUACCACCGGCUACGCGGGCGUCGACUCGUGGCCCCGUACCAUCCGUGAUGCCACCGGGGCCGGCUGUCCGAUCGUGGUGACCUCGUACACCGAGCUCGAGUCUCCGCUCGAUCUGCAGCGGCUCGUCCAAGAAUCGGUGCGCCCGCUGCAGAUCAUCCAAGGGCCGACCGUCAAUCCGUACGGCUCGAAGCGCCCCGACCGUAACUUUAUCUCGGACGAAACCGCACCGAUGAUCUUCAAAAACUACUACUACUUCCUCGUCCAAUAGGCUACCGCCUAGUCGAUAUAAUGUCCUUGUUUUGUCAGAUUAGAUUUCAUUUUGUUUGGAUGCUUUUAAUCUCUCAUUUUCCAACGUACUGUUCUGGUGCCAUUCCCGGUUUGGGGGGGCGGACCAGACGGCAACGACGUGUCCUUAAUGUUUUACAAUAUCCCGCGCCACGGCGCGUCAUUUUAGUUUUGAUGUGCAAUAAACGCUAAUCAGUGUAUCAGUGAGUUGAC